GAAAGGGGACGUCUCCCUCUGCUCUGUGCGAGGCUAGUAAACAACUUCUGGAUUUCCAGUCAAAGUGCUAUGCGGGGGUGCGCUCAGCUGUAUUUAGGAAACGGAGAAAACGCAACCUAAGCUAUGGCAUCUGGGAAAAUUCGCUCCACGCGCAAACUACGCGCUUGGAUGGUAGAACAGGUCAGCAGUGGGAAGUACCCUGGCCUGAUAUGGGACGACGACGACAAGACCAUGUUCCGUAUACCAUGGAAACACGCCGGGAAACAAGACUUCCGCAGCGAAGUGGAUGGUGCCAUCUUCAAGGCGUGGGCAGUGUUUAAGGGGAAGUUGUCUGAGGGGGGUCAUGCGGACCCUGCCUCCUGGAAGACGCGGCUGCGAGUUGCUCUCAAUAAGAGCCCGGAGUUCAGAGAGGAACCCGAGAGGUCACAGCUGGAAAUCUCCGAACCAUACAAAGUCUACCGCCUCGUACCCAUCAACGAACAAGCAUUGGGGAGUGUUGACAUGAAGUUCCAAGCCAGAGCAGGGGGGAGGAAGAGAAGGAGCCGCGAUUCAGACAUCGAGGCAGAGGAAGAGGUGGUGAAGGUCAAACAGAUGAAAGAAGUUACCACCUCCCUACCAAUCACCAUGUCUGUUCAGGAGAUUGAGGAAAGUGUUCUUACAAUCCAGCUAGACCAGGUUGAUCAGCCCUCGGUCAUGGUGAAGAGUGCUGGGACAGUCAAUGAGAUCCAGGUGAACUUCACGAUCGAGACCGUCCCUCCCCCUGGAGCCCAGGACUCUUUCCAUGUCUUAGUGAAGUACAUGGGAGAGGAGGUGCUUAAACGUGGGGUCAUGGGCAGCGAUGUCCGGAUCGCCUAUCUGCCCUCCUCGCCUGUUCCCCCCACCCUGAUGGUGGCUGGGUUCCCCCGCAUCCCUCUGCCCGACCCCCCCUCCACCUUGACCUCCGGCAUCGGGCCCCAGUUCCAGGCCCUCUCCACCCUGCUGCCCCUUAUGGAGAAAGGGGUGAUCCUGACCUCCACAAGAACAGGGGUCUAUGCUAAGCGCUACUGCCAGGGCCAGGUGUUCUGGACAGGGCCACAUUCAGCCACGGCGGGCCCCCACAAGAUGAACCAUGCUGUGGAGCCCGUGCGGCUCUUCGAUAGAGAGGCUUUCAGAAUGGAGCUGGACCACUUCUGCAGCUACGGGGGAGACCCUCCUCAGUGUGGCUUCACCUUGUGUUUCAGUGACAAAGAGGACCCAUCCAGCAAACUCAUCAUCACACAGAUAACCCUACCCUGGGCUCAGCAGCAGGUCAAGGUAGCUGAAGACUUCCGGGAGUCAAUGACCAUAACCAGCGAAUCAGGAGAGGUCACCAUCAACCUGGUAUCAGGUUCAUUGCUAUCCGAGAUCCUUGGGACGUCCCUACCGUAAACCCUAAACAUUAAAAAAAAUAAACUUCAAAUGGGGGCG